AUGUCGUCUGAGCGAUCAAAACCCGUCGUCUCGUCGGUUUCCAGAAAUGGCAAAGAGUCAAAGUUCUUUCCAUCUCUUCCCAGAAACCCCAGUUCCCUCCUCGCCCUCAGCGCCUCCUCCCUCCUCUCUGCCACCCGUGAGCGCCCCGCUGAUCAGAAAAGCAAAAGCCAGAGCGCAGCAGAGACCACGACGUGCAGCAGAGGAGGCGGGGCGCGGAAUCGGGCUCAUCGCCGUCAAACCCCGGCGGCUCCGUCGGCGGCGCCCCCGGCCCCUGGGAGGCAGGUCGAGGUGCUGCGCGGCGCGGCGACCGCCUGCUGCGAAUCCCUCCUUCUCGCUCCGGAGGGGACAAAAAUGGUUUUUUCCGCACAGGAUCCUCAGACAAGUAAUUGUGGAAAAGAAAGGCAUGGCAAACCCAUUGAUGGGGAAGGCAAAAAAGUGAGCUGCAAUUACUGCGUUGAAUGGUGGUCGACGCACGGAGCUCGCGUGCCCGACCUGCAGACCCUGGCGAGGCGUGUCCUGAGCCAGACGUGCUUCGGCGCCACCAGGUACAACAUCGACUGGAGCCUGUCGGAGAAGCUGCACGCCGAGUGGGAGGAGAUGACGCCGCCCGAGCAGGAGAGGUUCCGGCACAAGGAGUACGUCCACUACAACCGCUUCCUCGCCGGCGCCGCCCCGCUCCUGCACGGCUCCUCCGUGAAGCAGCACGACAGGGUGACCAUGGUGCUGCACGACUGGAUCAGACCGCAGAAACAGGCCGCUGGUUGCCACUGAGUGACUGCCUUCAGUUGAUGCUUUCGCCUCUCCUCCGUUCUGUUAUGUGUAUGUGUGUGUAUGCUGCUGUAACGGUGUGCAGCAGUGAUCUGUCGGAUGCUCACUAGUGGCACACCCUUGGUACUGUCGUGGUCUGUUAUGUUGUUGAAACCCUGCUGAAUUUCCAAGUUUGUUAUGUUGUUGAAACCCUGCUGAAUUUCUUGAACUCCUGCUGGAUUAGCAAGUUUGUUGUGUUGUUGAAACCCUGGUGAAUUUCAAAGUUAUUA